AUGUCGGCUAACGACGAUGUGCGCGAGCGCAUUAUUGCCUCCGUGUUCUCUCGUCGUAACGCCACCGGAGCUACCGUAGAGAAUUAUAUCUCCCAUGUGAAGGUCUGGGAAGACUCUGGGAACGACGCGGACGGUCUGAAGCCUCGGUUCAUCUUGCUAAGUCAGGAUAUAUCCGGGCACGCGUUCAUCCAUAAAUCAAAGCUGAACUCGAACGGCACUUUCUCUGUGGGGAAGACAUGGCAGUUGCAGGAGUUGCGUGGUCUGGAGGUCAUGUCGGGAAAAGACUUCAACAUCACGCUCGCACGGACAUAUCGCUGGCAGACGGAGGAUCCGAAUGAUCAAGCGAAUUUCCUUGUGGCGAUAGUUCAGCUUUACCAGACCAUGUUUGGCUCAACUGGCCGGUUACGCCUGGUCAACGUACCGUCGGAGGCGCCUGCACCUACGCCGCAAGCCCGACCACCAGGCCGGAAUGUGAAUGGCCGUGCUCCUGCAGAGACGGCGGCGGCUGUCAAUCCUGCAGCCAGGGAUCCCAGGGUAUUCGACGCCUCGUCAAGACCACGAGUGGACUCGCGCCGCGCACCUCCUUCUGAACCCUCGACGUCACGCGCACCAUCGCCAGCCGCCCGCCGACAAGCGCCUUCGCCGACGCCCCCGCCGGCUAGGGAACGCCCGCCGCGAGCCGAAAGACCAGGCGAGAGCUCAUAUCGACCGUCUGCAGCAUCUUCCGCCUAUGGUUCUGUUGGGCGGCAGUCUGCUGCCCCAACAGAUACCACGUCCCGCACAUCCAUGGAGAGUUCCCUCAAUCCGCCUUCGUCGCGUUUCGCCGUUCAGUCAUCGUCCUCUGUCACAUCCCUUGGAUCGACGUCCACAGCCACUGGUUUGCAUCCGUCAGCCGCUGAUACACCUCGUCGUCGUUCACCCUCACCUUCCGCCGCCCCUACCGUAACAAAACCACCACCACCCUCAUCAAGAGCUCGGGGUCAAGAUCCAUCUCGGCGACCGAGUCCAGCGGCUCCGGAGCCCCUACCACAGCGACGAGACCAGAAUGCGCGCAUCUCAUACUUUGAUCCUGCGAAUCAGGCAGCGUUGGAUCGUAUGUUGGCCAGCGACCUGGGCGGGGGAGAAGAAGAGCAAAGUAACCAGGAUACACUCGCGAGCGUUGAGGAGAUGUUGGAGGGCUAUGAGUGGGCAACCGAUACCGUACUUGGGGGAAAUAAGGCCAAAGGGACGGUAGACCAGAUUGAGGCUCGGUUGAUGGAUGAACUCAUGGCAUUGGAGAAGGCAAAUAUGUACUCCUUCAUCGAGUCUGACGAGCGCGUGAACCUCGUUCUGAACUUCCUUGAUGAAGCAAUUGCCGGACUCGACUCCAUGGAAAGCCAAGUGUCGUCAUACAAGAUACACUUGAACGCCGUCAACGAGGAUAUCUCCUUCAUCCAGUCGCAGAAUCGUGGCCUACAAGUUCAGACGCAGAAUCAAAGAGCGCUGCUUAGCGAGCUCGAAAAUCUUUUGCAAACCGUUCAGGUUCCAAGAGAACUGCUAGUCAUGCUCACCCAAGAGUCGCUCGAGAAGACGGCCUCUAUUGAGCGUCUUGAGGGCGCGGCGGCGGAGCUGUACAAGGCUCUUCAAGCCGGGCGCGAUCGUGAUAUGGCGGCGACCAUGGAGCGGCUGGACGAGUAUCGCACUCACAACCAACAGUUCUGCAAGCGCAUAUACGACUAUCUUUCUAUCAUAUUCGUCGCUCAGUCCAAGAUGUUACUUGGAGAUUCUGACGGCCUCGUCAAGAGGAGUAAGGGCACGCGUUUAAUCAUCAAAGAACACAAGGAUGUCGAAGUCUAUCUCGGGCGGUACAGCGGUCUCAUCCUCUACCUGAAAGAGAUGGACGAAGUCUCCUAUGCCAAACUCUGUGCUGCGUACUUCUCUACAGCGAGUGAGCUACACAGCACCCAGAUCAAGGCCCUUAUGGCUGUGUACAGUGGUAUGGUGAAGAAGCCAUCCGAGGAGGAGGCCGAGCAAACUUUCGCUUUGACACCUGGUGGCGGUGGAAAUCGGACGGCUAAUCCGCUCAAACGAGCAGGUACACUGGUCCGAUCGCCCCUAGAGAACCGGAGAGACCGCGAUAAGCCGGCGGACGGCGACAUGGAGGCUGCUGCAGCAUUUGGGCGUAUCCUUGAGGCAAUCUCGCCGCAAAUAUACCGCGAACAAGAGUUCAUCGCGGAUUUCUUGCAGAUCAAUGAGGCUGGUUUGACCUUCGCAGACUACAUGGGUUUGGAGAAUUACUUCCGACGCCAAGCUGCUCGCACGAUUGGACUGAGUCAACAGACACUGAAGCUUGUUCGAGGGGCCAUGGAUCUCAUCUUCGGGUUCUUACCCUUGGAGCUGAAGGCGUGGAUCGAUGGCGCUCUCGUGAAGGACAAUCUGCAGCUCAUCGGGGUCAUCGCCUGCUUGGAGCGUUUCAUCGCGGAUGCCGACGAGCGUGGCAACGCCUUCCUCAUCAAUGCACUGGAUAAGCAACAUCGCCAACUUAAGUCUCUAUUCGACCGCCAUGUCGGCGAGCAGAUCAAGUCGAUAGAAGAAACCAAAUUGACGAGCAAGAAGCGCAACGGUGUCGCGCAAUUUAUCAAGUACUUCCCAGUAUAUGUCGGCCGAGUCGAGCAACAACUUGUUGGCGCGGAUACGCUCGAAAUUCGGCAGACUGUAGAUGUGGCGUAUGAGAAGAUUGUGCAGACCAUGUUCGAUUCGCUUAAGCAGAUGGCGAAACUCGACGGGGAGGGUGAGGAUAAGGGCCAACUCAACUAUCACGUCAUCCUCAUUGAGAAUAUGCACCACUUCGUCGCGGAGAUACGGCAACAGGAAAUAGGUUCUGUGGGCGCCUUUUCCAAGCGCGCGCAAGAUCUUUACGAAGAAAACCUUGCCGCCUACGUCAAGCUCGUUCUGCGGCGUCCAUUUGCGAAGAUCAUCGAAUACUUUGACGGUGUCGAGCGCUUGCUGAAGACAACUGCACCGACCGAAGUCGCAAAUAACAGCAGCUAUAAUCGGUCUGCACUAAAGAAGGUUGUGAAGGAAUACGACGCGAAGGACGUGCGCAAGCACGUCGACACGCUAUUCAAGCGUGUUGAAAAGCACUUUACGGAAGCCUCCGAAGCAGCUGUGGCGCAAAGCACCGGCAUCGCUCCCGGUACCGUGCUCGUCGGCGUAUGGAAGGCUUGUGAGGAAGAAUUGCUUCGCAUCACGGACGUGUUCAACAAGCAUAUCGCGCAAUGUUAUGCUAGCACGGGUGUUUCACUAGAGUAUACCGCAGUCGAUGUUGAGGCUGCAUUCAAGCGUCACCGCGUAGGCUCUUGA